CGUCCGACCGAGCGGUAUCGCUAAUGGAGAAAGGUUCCGGGGCAGGUUUAGUUCCGGGGGCUUCUCCGCAUGAACUGCCGCCGCCGCCUCGGCCGCAGCGAUGAUUCCAAUCGCGGUGGUGGUGUCCGUGCUAGGGGGCUGGUGCGCCAUCUACCUGGCGGAUACGCUGCUCAAGUCAUCCAGCUCUUUGAAGGCAUCUUAUGAAGACUGGCUGCUGACGUACAGCUUGAGCGUCUCUCCUUUUCACAUACGAUGGCAAACAGCUGUCUUCAACCGCCAGUUCUACAACUGGGGGAGAUGGAAACCCAGAUUUCUGUAUUUAUGGUUCAGCAUAGGAAUGGUGUUUGGUAUAGUUGCCAUGUUUGGCUCUGUUAUUCUUCUCGGAAAGACACUGAUGCAAACACUGACACAGAUGCUCACCGAGGCACCGAAAGCCCAGAAUGAUCGUAUGCUGCAAGUUGUUGUGCCUGGUGUAAAUUUGCCCGUCAGCCAGCUGACCUAUUUCUUCUCUGCAAUCCUCAUCAGUGGUGUGAUACAUGAAGUCGGCCAUGGUGUGGCAGCUAUUCGAGAACAAGUACGAUUUAAUGGAUUUGGGAUUUUUAUCUUCAUUGUCUAUCCUGGAGCAUUUGUUGAUCUCUUCACAACUCACUUGCAACUUAUAUCUCCAGUCCAGCAAUUAAGGAUAUUUUGUGCAGGAGUGUGGCAUAAUUUUGUUCUUGGUGUUGCAAGUUUCAUUGUUCUGUUACUGCUGCCAGCCAUUCUUUUCCCUUUCUAUUACACGGGUGUUGGGGCACUUGUCACUGAGGUUGCAGAGGAUUCUCCUGCUAAUGGACCAAGAGGUCUUUUUGUGGGAGACCUUGUCACUAACCUACAAGACUGCCCAGUCUAUAGUGUGGAAGACUGGAAUUCUUGUCUGGAAGACAUUUCAGAGAAGUCACAGGUCGGCUACUGUUUAAGUGCAGCCACCCUACAGCAAUUAAGCUUUCCAGCUAGAGUCUACAGAAGACUGGAUGGCACAGUUGAGUGUUGUAGUAACAACAGCCUCACAGACAUUUGCUUUUCAUAUAGCAAUAACUUGGACAGCCACCUGUAUGCCUGUCUGCCAGCACGAAAAGUUAUUGAGGCCAGCAAAGUUUGUCGAACCAACAUGGAUUGCCAGAAGGACUCUGUUCCAAGCUUUUGUGUGACUCCUUCUUUAGAGAACCAAACAAGACUAAUCAGGGUAAAACAUCCACCCCAUAUUGACAUGCUGUAUGUAGGACACCCUAUGCAUCUUCAGUACACAGUAAGUCUCAGCAGUUUUGUACCAAGACAAAACUUUCUAAGCAUCGAUCUGCCUGUGGUGAUAGAGACGUUUUGCAAGUACCUAAUUUCCCUGUCAGGAGCACUGGCAGUUAUCAAUGCUGUACCCUGCUUCGCUUUGGAUGGUCAGUGGAUAUUGAAUUCAUUCCUGGAAGCCACUCUGAGCUCCCUGAUUGUAGAAAAACAAAACAGAGAGCUUGUUGGCUUUUUAAUUUUGCUUGCUGGUAGUGCACUUUUGGCUGCCAAUGUUGCACUGGGACUUUGGAUGGUGACAGCACGAUAGAAUAUUGGACGCUCUUCCAUCAGUUCUCAAAGUACACAGAAAUAAUUAAUCCAUUGCCUUUUAGAACUUCAGUACUGAGAUUGAAAUAAUUCCCUUAAAAUGGCACUGAAAGAACAAUCACUGGUGGAUGCUGGUUUAAUUUAAAUCUGUACAUUGUGCCUGUGGUCGUGAGAAAACUAAUAGAAAGAAGUAGGAACCUUUUCAUGUACUCUUUAAGCACUGUACUAAUUUGGGAGAAAUUGCAUUGUAAAGUUUCACAUGAAAAAGCCUGAGAAUUCAUUAAUUUAGAUCUCAAAAUAAGGGAAUUAUUUGGCCUCAAAUAUUUGUAAAGUGGGAGGAAAAAAAAAAUGCUUAGGUUUUAUUUUAUAAUUUGAAUAAUUGUCAGAAAAUUGUGUGUAGGCUCUGAUCAUUUCUCAGUCAGCAUAGUCUUGAGUGUCUUGUUUUGUUUUUUUAAUCUGGUGUUCUACCAGACUGGACCCUAAGAAGCCCUAAAGUCUGAUCUCAAAAUGGUGAAAAGCUAAGAAAAUACUUACGGUGUGUUAAUGAGGAGUGAGAGGCCAUAUGGGUUAGUAUCUUUCCUUUCAGCUGGCCAAAAUGACUGGAAGCACGUUGUCCUCAGGAUGUAUAUGAGAAGUGCCAACAUCUGUUAAGAAUGAGGCAUGUGGGAGGAUAUGUGGGAGGAUAACAAAGCCCACAUGUCUGUGUUUCUUACACAUUCAGUUGUAUAUUAUCAUACACAGAUGAAGAUUUUUUUUUUAAAGGCAAUAUUUGUCAGCAAUAGCCAUUAGAUAACGGAAAUUUAGUUUCUGAGUGAUGAAGUAUGCUGUGCACAAUACAAGUGAUAAGUAAUGUUUGUGUUGUUUUACUCAGAAAAUAAUAUGUGUUAUACCUGUUUACAGUCAAAAGUGAAACCUAUUGUUUUUACGGUGUCUAUCUUCUGAUGCUAUGCAUGUAAUAUGUACAGUAACUCACUGAUGGUUUUCUGUCUUUCAAAGGGUUGUUUUCCUUUGAUAGAAUUCAUUCUGUUCAAAGAUAGCUAACAAAGAUGUUUUAGCUGAAGCUGAUCUUGGAUCAGAAUGCUUAGAGGAAAAAUACAAUUGUGAAUUGAACUAUUUAAACAUUUGGCUUUGCUUUCUGAAAUGAAUACAGACCAUAUCCUCGUUCGUAAAUGAACGGUGGAGGAACAGCCAGUGUUUUGCUGACUGAAGUAUGUCUGACAUACUUUGAAGGUCUUUAAGUCUGUAAUGGUUUGUCCCCAAUAGGAAUACAUAUUGACUGUCAUACCCUCCUGUGAUAUAUUGCCUAAUUUAUAUAAAUCAGGUUCAUUCAGCUGCUUGCCUCAAUAUAGGCUGAUAUUACAAAAAAAAAAAAAAGCUCUAGUUUGGGAGCCUAAAUAUUUGCAUUAGGGAUAUUUUGAAAAAUACCCUGCAGCUUCUGUCUCAUACAGUGCUCCCCAUAGGAGCUGCUGCAGCUCAGAGUUCCUUUACAGAAAUGGCCUUUCCAUCAGGAGCUGACGUGGAAGCUGAUCUCAGGGGUACUGGCCUGCAGGGAGUACUGAAGCGUUCAUGGCCGGCCAACAUGGAUGCUCGGGGCACUACAGGUGAAAGCCUGGGUAAUUGUAAAAGAGGGGUUGAGCCUGGUUCCUGGUGCUACUGUGUGGAUUCGUAACUAUGAUGUUUGCAUUUGUCCACUGAUGUGUUGAUGUAUUUUUGCACAGUAGCCUUCACGCUUGCUUAAGAUGUAUUCUUUUCUGAUGCUGAUGCAAGCAGUGAUGAGAGAGCAUGUUUGUUUAUUUGUUGUUGUGUUAGUUUACUUACCUCUCCAGUGCCGUCACAGGCUCGGUGGGCCUCUUGAAGUUCACCUCUGCGGGGUGGCAGGCCCGCGCCUCUCAGCCAUUUCAACUCAGGCGUUGUCGGCACAGAUCUUGGUAAGAGAGAGUAAAUCCUCCGGUCAAUCCAGCGUGAGUCGGUCCCUUUGGGGACUGUUAAAGGUCAGACAAAGUGCAAGAAAGGAAAAACAGUCAGAAACUGCCAGCAGGCUUCUCUUUCUUCCAGAGACACCCCGAAAGUCUAUAGCUCAUCGUCACUCCUGGAAGCGUAUCGAGGUUUCAGGGUAGCAGUUCUGAUGGGCACUGCCAUCUCUCCGUGGAGAGGAGGGGCAGGAGCAGCCCGGUUCUUGCACAAAGCCUGGCUCUGACACUACGCUCCAGGAGCCUUGUCGCUCGCCUAAGUGGCUGCUUACUCAUCUGGGCUCUUCCUUCCAGUGGCUCUGUGCCACUCUCCUCUGUCUCUGUGUCUUGUCCAAUCUAUAGUGCACAACAUUAAUUGGCAUUUAGGACUUUUAAUACAAUUUAGUAAGACAGGAUAUUUACUUUUUAAAGUGGCUACUAUUUAUGUGUCAGAGUUGCAUUGCUGUCUUAUUAUCUAAAGCAGCAAAAAAUGCAUCUAUGGUGAUUUCAAAAAUAUUUUGUGAAAAACAUCUCAAGUCGACUACAACUGCUUGGGACAAUCUUUUAGCAUAGUACCCCUCCUGAACGUGUAGGCAAGAGAUUUAAAAAAACAAAGUUUCUGACUUAACAUACACAAGUUACGUCUGCUAUAAUGAGGCUGGCAGGUUGUUCCUGGUUAUUUAAUGUGCUACCAAAACAUGAUGUUUUAUCAAAGGAAACUAAAUCCAGUUUAUUUUACUUUACACAAUCACUGAAAGCCACAGUUAUACUAAGUAGAACUUCAGUCUGUGUUUGACCUUAUAAUCAAAAAGAGGGAGGAGAAGACAUCAGUCAUGUUUUUAGCAAAACGGACAUGCUAGUACACUGUAAAGACCCUGGUUAUCUUUUAUAGGAGAGAUAGUACUAGACGUGUUUAAAAAUAAUUCAUGGGUCCAUUUUUUUGUGUGCUGGAAUUCUACUGAAGAAGGGUCUGAUUUAGUUAUGUACAGGUGCUUUGAAUCCAGACUUUAAGCAAACUGGGUAUGAAUGGUGACCCAGUGCAUCUUAGAUUACUUGUGGACAAAGGUAAUAGUUAAGUUGGACCACUCUCGGAAGAAAAAGUUCUUCAGUGGAUCCAUUUCAUUCUCCUAUAAUCCUAACAUAUGGAUUACAUUCUGAUAAGCAAGUGACACACAUUGGGAAGAGUUUUGCUGGGGUUUUGUUUGUUUAACAAGAGAGAACACAGAAGGACACAGAAUGGGGUUUUUUUGUGUUGUAUUUUUACUCUCGACUAUUUCUGUUUUUGUAAAAAUUGAAAGGAAGUCUUUCCUUAAAAUGAAAUUUUUCCAUUUCUCAUUCUAAUUAGCCUCAGAAUGUAGCAUAUUCUUUAAUACAGAAUCCAUCAAUAUAAUUAUAGGACAUAGUAACUGGAGUAUAGAACAGAACACUCUUAAAGAUUGGAUGGGUACUACUAUUUAUGUAUAUACUAUGCAUUUGAAAUCUGUAUCAGAUGGAAAAAGCAAUGUCUAACAUUGGGAAGCGUAAUAUAUAGCUUUUACUUGAAAACUGCCAGAAGAAUUCCACAAUUGUAAUCAGUGAUUGUUCUGAUUUUUUUUAUGAGAAUUUUUUUAUAUCAGCAGACUUCCAUAGCAUGUUCUGAUAAUCCAUGAUAUGACAUGAAAAUGGCUAACUUCUUAGCAUGUGGGAAGUUACACACUCUUUGCUAACUUAGGAAAUUAAAAGCAGCUUGCUUCUGUACAAGUUAAAUGAAAGUGACUUCAGUAAAAAAAGUAAAGACAAACUUGCAGAUUAGUCAGACCAAAUUUAUGAGCCAGAGUGGAAAAUCUCUUAAUUCAUCCUUUUUAUUUAGAAUGAAACAAGAAACUGUAUUGGCAGUUAUACUUUUCAGUGAUGAUGAUUCUGUGUUUGUGUAUAUGCGUGUGCAUACAUGUAUAGACACAUAUAAAUAAGAUACAGCCACAGCCACAGUCUGUAUUGGUACUUUUUUAGGGAUAACUUAGCAGUCCUCCAUACUCUGCAAUGAAGGCUUUUUUUUCCUUUUCCUUCUCUCUAUGAAUUCCAUGCCUUUCACUGGAUUUUAAAAUUGCGGCUAUGUUUUUCUCCCAUAACUGAUCUAACUCUUCUUUAUUAACAGAAGACAAGUGAUGGACAUAAUGUAGGCACAGCUGCAUAAAUUCUGCUCAGCCAAUGUUUAAAAUGUGUUUCUUGCUUUCUGUGAGGCCUCAGCUACAAGCAUGGUAAACACAGAUUUUUCAGGCCAACUAAAAGCAGUCAACCUUAGAAUCCAUCACUCUCUAAAUGCUGCUGUUUCUGCUGUUCUGAAUAACUGGGAUGAGUGAGACUGUGUAGAUUAUACGGAAGAAAUAAUGUUUUCAGGACAGACCCUCCCAUGGCAGUCAGGAUGUUUCAGUUUUCUUGAAAUAAGGAUAAAUUUUUGUUCUCUUUAGAACAAUCCAAGUUUUCUAAUAAGUUUCCUUUACAUUUUACGUGAUGGCAAAGGGUGACCUGUAGCAAAUAAGUUUUUAAAUAAAUUCUGUAUGGCUUCUAUCUGAAAGAUCUGAAUUUGUAUCUGGAUAUAAUUUAUGACAGAUGAAGAAGGGUUAUAAAGAUUUAGGUAGCCUAGUCUGGUUUUAAUUAUUUUAAAAAGAUGUGAAUUAAACUCUAGAAGUAAGUAGUUAUUUGUAAAAUAUGCAUUCUAUACACCUGCAUUCAGACCAGUUCCCGCAACCAGUCUUGCCUCAGCUUUGUUCUUGUGACCUUGUGAGUAAGGAAGCUGAAUCUAACUCAGGUAAGAUCCAAUAUUAGCAGUUAUUUUAUACCCUUUUUACCCUGAACUUCAUUUAACACUAUAGAUGGAUGAGUUGUUUAAUGUGGCUGAGUUAUCUGGGGUACGUAUCCUGUAUUAAUGCAGCAUUUGGGAAGUGUUGUAACUUCCAGAAAAUUACUUUUCUUGUUCCUUGGACUCAUCCACUAUGGUCAUGUGAAGAGCAGAUGGCAGUGACUAAGGGCAGUGAAGAACCUCAGUUUAUGGCAGCUUUACGAAACCUUCGCACUGCUGACCCAGUGUGAAAGGACAGGAACAAAGAGCAGGAUAUGACACUGCAAUUCCAUUUACAUUGGCAUGAAGCAUGAAUUGAACUUGUAAUUAUCAUUUCAGAGCAUGCAGAUAUAUUUUCCAGCCUUUCACUGAAUCAUUCAGUGACGGGCGAUCCAACUGGUUUUGGGUUUGUUUUUUUUUACACUUUGUCAUUCCGUGUAGUGACCAAGUGGCGUGGGUAGUUGUAACUUCCUGAGUAAAAUGGACUUGGAUUUUUCUCACCUCUAGUUGUUCAUCUUGAGGGUUGGGUUUUGCAGUAUCAUCGUGUAAUUGACCUUCACUUGAUACUAAUUUGAAAGUUUGGAGGCUAUUUCCAAGCCAUCACUAGAGAAAUCUUGUUUCUUCCUUCCCAAGUUGUUUGUUAAUAUUUUAAAUUCCUCUUUUCCUUACAUAACUUUGCUUUUAGAUUUCAUAUGCUCAGAUGAUCUUAUCUGAAAUCUGUCAAUGAAAUGCGUAUUGUUUUGAAAUUCACUGUGGAGUUUUUUUCCUCUACAUAGCCUUAUUUUUCACACUGACUCACAGCUGUGGAAUGUUAGAUUUCUAGACCCUUUGUUCCCACUAUGCAUUGUUCAUGAUCAUGUUUUUUUAAAAAAAGGAAAAAAAAAAAAAAGAAAGCGUCUUUUUUUAAAAUGUCAGCUAACAAAUAUAUGGAACACUUUGAAUAAUGUAUUGUGCUUUUGUUUUGCCUUUUUUCUCUAUUUAAUCAACCAAACAAUAAGUAUUGUUUUCUAUGUAUGAUAAAUGUA